UCUGUCUGUCUCAGCCUCUCCUCCUCGUUCAAGGCUUCUGUCUCCCCGUCUCCCCACUGCCAACUCCUCCUCUGACCACUCACCCCUCCAGGCCACGAUGUCGGCCCAGGACAGCUGCCUCAGCCUCAUCAAGUACCUCCUCUUCGUUUUCAACCUCUUCUUUUUCGUCCUAGGCAGCCUGAUUUUCUGCUUCGGUAUCUGGAUCCUCGUGGACAAGACCAGCUUCGUGUCAUUUGUGGGCUUGUCCUUCAUGCCCCUGCAGAUCUGGUCCAAGGCGCUGGCCAUCUCAGGGGUCCUCACCAUGGGCCUGGCCCUGCUGGGCUGCGUGGGGGCCCUAAAGGAGCUGCGCUGCCUCCUGGGCCUGUAUUUUGGGAUGCUGCUGCUCCUGUUUGUCACCCAGAUCACCCUGGGGAUCCUCAUCUCCACUCAGAAGAUCCGGCUGGAGCGGAAGGUGAAGGAGCUCGUGCAGGAGACGAUCCAAAACUACCGCUCGGACCCGGAGAAGUCCGCGGCGGAGGAGAGCUGGGACUACGUACAGUUCCAGCUGCGCUGCUGCGGCUGGAACUCUCCCCAGGACUGGUUCCGUGUGCCCAGCAUGAGAAACAACGCGUCGGUGUUCAACGUGCCCUGCUCCUGCCGUAACUCAUCGGGGACCAACGACUCGGCGAUCUUCAAUACGACCUCCCUCUCCCAGUUCAGCCGCGGCGGAGCCCUGGCGCGGCCCAGACACAGCGCGGACCUGUGCGUCGUCGCUGCAAACAGCGGCACCUACCGCGAGGGCUGCGCGCGGAGCCUGCAGAAGUGGUUGCACAACAACCUCAUCUCCGUCGUGGGCAUCUGCCUGGGCGUCGGUCUACUCGAGGUGAGUGUGGCGGGGCUGAGCCUGCUCCUGCCACGCCGAGCAACCCGCCGGGAACCCCAGCCGCCGGGGCCGGGCGCCGAGGGUUCGUGCCCAGGGCCGGGCCUGAGCGCGGAUGGCGGCAACGGGCGAGGCGGUGUGCUGAGCAGCAGCGGGCGUAGCGGCAGUCUGUGGGGUGGCUGGGGCAGGGCGGAUGCUUGCCCCAACUGGGGGGACAAGGCCCCGCAGGGCAAGCUGCCCAUGGCCCUGGGGCCCUGGCCGCUUUGGGAUCAAGACGAGGAACAGCCUGAGACCGGGAGCGCGGGCGCGCAGGCGGAGGCAGACAGGAAGACAGAGGCGCCUCCAGAAUAAAGGGCUUGGUCCAGAUCGCACUACUUUUCCAGACUCUAGACCUGCGUUAGACGCAGCUGGUUCCUCCUACCCCGACCUAUUCCUACCUCCCGGCCGGUCAGCAUCUUUUGGUUGACCUAUCCCAUGACCUCCUGCCCUUUUACCCUUAACUCCACCCUCCCCCUCUCUUCGUCUCUUCCCCUAAACGCCCUUCCUGGACCCCAUCUUUCACAACCAGGCCCAGUUCUCCCUCUAGCCCCGCCCUACCCAACUCUAGGUCUCAUUUCCUUUUCUGGACCCACCCCCUGACUUUCCUCCCAUAGGACCCCCCACACACCCCAUCUUCCUCUCAUCGCCACCCCCUCG